AUGGCAUCAGGACCUGUUGGCGGCGGAUUCGCUCGAAGUCGAUCACUUUUACGUUUUCUUUCAAUUGAUCCAGAAAUUUAUCCUUUAGUCGGAGUACUUGGUGCAAUUACUGCUUUCGCUGGUUAUACGGCUAGUCAUAAAGUCUAUACUGUUGAUCCUGACAGAAAUGUUUUGAAAGCUUCUCACGCAUAUCCUUGGCAACAUCAACAUAGUGAUAGCGAAAAUGGAAAGAACGCAAAUUACAAAUAUAGGUAUCAUCAACAUGGUGAUCCUUCGCAGCCAGCAUUUGAAGCACCAAGUGCUAUUACAGAACAUAAAAUAAAAAUAAAGGCUCCCAAGGAAUUAUUUGAAAAAAUUCCAAGUACUAUAAUUGCUGAAGAGGAGGUUUUCAUAAUUAAUAAAAGCUAA